CAAAACAAGCAAAGCCACCCAGAGCGUCGGGCACCGCGGCCUGUGCUUUCCCUCCCCCUCCUUCAUUUCUGCCCCGCACUUGUUUCGGUCUGCGUCUCGCUUCAGGAGGCGACCUUCUUCUUAAAGGGAAAAGGCGAGGAAAAAAAGUGGUCGCGCUUAAGCGAAGUGGGGGGGGGGGGUCCGGCUUCUGAGCGAAAGCCUCCCACCUUCCUUGCUUGCUUCCCCCUCUCCCUCCUCCCCUCCCUCCCUCCUCUUUUGUUUUCUCCUCAGUUGUACUUUAGUGAGUGAAGAAAAGGCGGAGGGGGGGGCGUCUAGCCUGGGAGGGGAUGUCCUACUUUCUUUUUUUUAAACUCGAGGAGCAGCUCCAAGGGGCAGCUUUUUCGACUCGGAGCCGGGGGCAGAAUCAGUAAGCGGCAGCGACGGCGGGGGUCGACAUCGCGGCAGGAGAAGGACAUCCAGUUGUGAUUUAAAGGGGAGGUGCUUCUCUUUGUGGAGGAAAAGUAACGUGAGAAACCUCCAUGGAAGACACUCAGGAUUUAAAUGAACAGUCAGUGAAGAAAACGUGCACAGAUACGGAUGUUUCAGAACCACAGAAUUCCAGAUCUAUGGAAAUGCAGGAUCUAGCAAGUCCUCAUAAUCUUGUGGGAAGUGGUGAAACACCGAGUAAUUCUAAACUGGACAAAUCUAAUCUUAGCAGUACAUCUGUUACAACAAAUGGAACUGGCGGAGACAACAUGACUGUUUUAAACACUGCAGACUGGUUGCUGAGUUGCAGUACUCCCUCUUCUGCAACAAUGUCUCUUCUUGCAGUGAAAACAGAGCCUAUGAACAACAAUGAAACAACAACAACAAGUGGAGAUGGAUCUCUUGACACAUUUACUGGGUCAGUAAUAACAAGUAGUGGCUACAGUCCAAGAUCAGCGCAUCAGUACUCACCGCAGCUGUAUCCCUCCAAGCCCUAUCCACACAUCCUUUCUACUCCGACAGCUCAAACAAUGUCUGCCUAUGCCGGUCAGACUCAGUAUUCAGGAAUGCAGCAGCCAACAGUGUAUACAGCCUAUUCACAGACUGGGCAGCCUUACAGUUUGCCUACUUACGAUUUGGGUGUAAUGUUGCCAGGCAUCAAGACGGAAAGUGGACUUUCACAAACACAGUCACCAUUGCAGACCGGGUGCCUUAGUUACAGCCCAGGGUUCUCCACACCACAGCCAGGCCAAACACCAUAUUCUUACCAAAUGCCAGGUUCUACUUUUACACCAUCAUCCACUAUUUAUGCAAACAGUUCAAAUUCUACAAACUUCAGUAGUUCACAACAGGAUUAUCCCUCUUAUACAGCUUUUGGCCAAAACCAGUAUCCACAGUAUUACUCAGCAUCAACAUAUGGAGCAUAUAUGACCUCAAAUAGCACUGCAGAUGGUACCUCUUCUUCAUCAUCAACAUACCAGCUUCAGGAAUCUCUGCCUGGGCUGACUAGUCAACCAGGUACAGAUCUUCAUUCAGGAGAGUUUGAUACUGUGCAGAGCCCCUCAACACCAAUCAAAGAUCUUGAUGAAAGAACAUGUAGAGGUUCUGGGUCAAAAUCAAGGGGCAGAGGGCGGAAAAAUAACCCAUCACCUCCUCCUGAUAGUGACUUGGAGCGUGUAUUCGUUUGGGAUUUGGAUGAAACAAUCAUUGUUUUCCAUUCACUUCUUACAGGAUCUUAUGCUCAAAAAUAUGGGAAGGAUCCACCUGUGGCAGUAACUCUCGGACUACGGAUGGAAGAAAUGAUUUUUAAUCUUGCUGAUACACAUUUAUUUUUUAAUGACUUGGAGGAAUGUGAUCAAGUACAUAUAGAUGAUGUUUCUUCAGAUGACAAUGGACAAGACCUAAGUACCUACAGUUUUGCAACUGAUGGCUUCCAUGCAGCUGCAAGUAGUGCAAACCUUUGUCUGCCAACAGGUGUAAGAGGAGGAGUAGACUGGAUGAGGAAGCUGGCAUUCCGUUACAGAAGAGUAAAAGAAUUAUAUAAUACUUACAAGAACAAUGUAGGAGGACUUCUUGUCCCUACAAAAAGGGAUGCAUGGCUACAGUUAAGAGCAGAGAUUGAAGCCCUCACUGACUCCUGGCUGACAAAUGCACUUAAAUCAUUAUCAAUUAUUAGCACACGGAGUAACUGUGUAAACGUCUUGGUAACAACAACCCAGCUUAUACCAGCCCUUGCAAAAGUCCUGCUGUAUAGUCUGGGAGGGUGUUUUCCUAUUGAAAAUAUUUACAGUGCAACCAAAAUAGGAAAAGAAAGUUGCUUUGAACGAAUAAUGCAAAGGUUUGGCAGAAAAGUAGUGUAUGUUGUAAUUGGGGAUGGUGUAGAAGAAGAACAGGCAGCAAAAAAGCAUAAUAUGCCUUUCUGGAGGAUAUCUAGUCACUCGGACCUGCUGGCUCUACACCAAGCGCUGGAAUUAGAGUAUUUGUAACUGUCACAUAACUGACAACUUCGUUUUUAUAUUUCAAAGUACACUGAUUUUUUUAUGUGU